GCAAACUCUCCCUUCUCCUCCUCCUUCGUAGCAAAACCCUAGUCGUCCAAAACCUUCACUGGCAAAGAUACCAAUAACCAUCUACAAACGCUUCGGCUGCCACCGCCACAAUGAGCUCCGCCACCCCGGCCACCAUCAUUGCCCUACUUCUCUUGACAUUCAUCUCUUUGUGUAAUAUCGUGAAAAAGGAGUUCUGUCGCCGAGUCAUCAGAAAAAAACAUAAUCCAUUCCCACUCCCUCCAGGCCCUGCCUCGUGGCCAGUGGUCGGUUGUGCCCUAGGCAUGCUUCACAACAAGCCCGUGUUCCGGUGGAUCCAUCGCCUGAUGAAGGAGAUGGACACUGAGAUAGCGUGCAUCCGUCUAGGGAGCACGCAUGUCAUUCCUGUCACCAGUCCGAUAAUCGCCCGAGAAUUCCUCAGGAAACAGGACUCCUUGUUUGCCUCGAGGCCAGUCUCAAUGGCGUCCGGUAUGUUUGGCGGCAGCUACUUAACAGCAGUCCUCUCGCCCUACGGCGAGCAGUGGAAGAAGAUGAGGCGGGUCUUAGCGUCGGAGGUCAUUUGCCCGGCUAGGCACAAGUGGCUCCACGACAAGAGAGCGGAGGAAGCCGAUAACCUAGUGAAGUAUGUCUAUAACCUAUGCAAAACCUCAGGUCACCAAGUGAACUUGAGAACCACCACGAGGCACUAUUGUGGGAAUGUGAUAAGGAGGUUGAUGUUCAACAAGAGAUACUUUGGCAAGGGAAGGGAAGAUGGAGGACCAACCACUGAUGAAGAACAACAUAUAGAUGCAAUCUUCAGUGCACUGCACUAUCUCUUUGCAUUUUGUGUUUCUGAUUACUUCCCAUUCUUGGUGGGGCUCGACCUUGACGGGCAUGAGAAGGAAGUAAAAGGGAGCGCGAGGACUCUUCGAAGGUUGCAUGAGCCCAUAAUAAGCGAGAGGAUCAGACGAUGGAGGGACGAUCGGAGUUCGGGGAGUGAUGAAAAAGAGCCUCAAGACUUGUUAGAUGUUCUGAUUAUGCUCAAAGACUCGCAAGGGAAGCCAUUGCUGACACCGCAAGAAGUUCGAGCGCAGACCAUGGAGAUUAUGAUUGCAGCAGUGGACAAUCCAUCAAACGCUGUGGAAUGGGCAAUGGCGGAGAUGAUAAGUCAGCCCGAACUCCUUAACAAAGCCACACGAGAAAUAGAUAGAGUUGUGGGUAAGGAGAGGUUGGUCCAAGAAUCCGAUAUCCCCCAGCUCAACUACAUCAAGGCAUGUGCCCGGGAAGCCUUUAGGCUCCACCCGAUCGCCCCCUUCAAUGUUCCACACGUCGCCAUGUCGGACACCAUGGUGGCCGGCUAUCGUAUCCCCAAGGGCAGCCACAUCCUCUUGAGCCGGGUCGGCCUAGGUAGAAACCCCAAGGUUUGGGACGAACCCCACCAGUUCAAGCCGGACCGGCACAUCGUGAGUGGCCCAGCUGAGGUUGUGCUGACAGAACCCGACCUGCGCUUCAUUUCUUUCAGCACUGGACGACGCGGGUGCGUGGCCGCCACACUUGGGACAACAAUGACCGUGAUGCUCCUCGCCAGGCUAAUCCAAGGGUUCAGUUGGAGUAAACCCUCCAAUUUGUCAAGCAUCAACCUUGCCGAGUCGAGAGAUGACCUAUUCCUCGCCGAACCACUAGUAGCUCAAGCAGAGCUGCGAUUGCCACGUCAUCUCUAUCUUACAUAGAUACAAGUAUAAAGUCAUGGCGAUAUACUUCUCUUGAUGUAUUCCAUGAAUAAUCGAUAUAACUAGAAUAAAUCCAGAUGUCCAAUAGAUAAAAGCCGGACAUCCCAAAUAAGAAAUCUCCGAUAUGAAUUACAGACUCAAACUCGAGAUAUAUUAUAAUGUAGAGAUACAUAGAUUCCGUGUCUUCGUUGUAAUCUCCACAUCUUGAAAUUGAGUAAGUCCAACAAUUGC